AUGAAUCCCGAACGUCGCACGCUGGAAACCAUCCCUGCGGAGCUCGUCAGCCACAUCGGAGAGUUCCUUGGACAGGAGGACCUCGGAUGGCUCCGCAUGACAUCUCAUGAAAUGCAACGAAGAGCGGACUUCUCGUGGGCGCAAUACCUUUGGAGCAUUCGAAUCACGUUUAACCCUCAGGAAUUCGUUAAUCUAUAUACAUUAGUUCAGUCCGAGACCGUGGCUAAAGCUAUAGACACCCUCGCCUUCGCGAAAGCCGACCCCGAGCAGAUUGACCACGCGGUGACCUUGGGCUGGUGUUGUGCGGCUGGAAAAUCACAGGACUACUUGACACAGGCAAUGGAAAGGAUGCCCAACCUUCGAUUCAUCACGAUCAAUGCCGAUACCUUCGACUUUGGCCAUAUCACUUGCAACCCCGCAGCUUGCCCUCACAUUCCCGGUCGUCAUCGAUUCUUUUCGGUGAUCUUUCAAGCUCUGAAGGACAGCGGAACCGGAGUUCAGAGUCUCCAUAUAACCGAGUGCCGUGAGAGAAGAUCAGACCAUCAUCCAUUACCGGUCGCCGAAGACGGGCUCAGCCCUUGUAACGCAAUCAUCCGUCCACUCCCGACAGAGGUCCUUGCCGAGACAAACGAUAUUCUUCUUUCACUUCCUGUACAGGACCUAACACCUCUUCACAACGUGCCUGCCGAGCCGUAUACCGACGUGGCGAGGAUGAUACAGGCGGCAACUCAACUUAAGCAGCUCAUAAUUCUGAAUAGCUGUCGCUGCGGCGGAAACCACGGCUUAUUCACCAGGAUCUUGCCCACUACAAACUAUUCAGCCCUACGCCGCGUCAGCCUGUGCUUCUUUGUGGGCGUUGAUGUGUCACGCUUGACGACCUUCCUGGACAACAACCAUCAGAUCAAGCAGCUCAGCAUGACGGGCUUUGGAAUUACGGGCGAUACCUGGGUGCCUACUCUAGAACUUCUUCGUGACCAAUUUUCUCUCGAGAAGUUUGUCUUCCGCCGGAACUCGUGUUCGGGCGGCCUGGUCUUGUCUACAUGGGAGGGCAGUUUCAAGGCCGUCUGGGACCUGAACAAUCGUAUACAACCUCUGGGCUGGCCGUGGGAUGGAGAUGAGUGGGGGCUGAUCUUGCUAGUGGACGACGACGGCUCAUUAUUCGAGACGGUCCCUGGGCAGUAUGGCAUGAAGGAAGCAUUGUCCUUGUUCAUUCAAGGUUACUACGUAUCACCGCCACUUGAGUUCUACAGGAAAGCUAUGCGGCAACUGGGCUAUUAG